AUGGAGCGAUACGAGGACUUCUCGAGCAUCACUCGGAACUCGUUACUCCAUGCAUUGACCGAGAAUGGCGAGCAUCUGGGCGACAGCGAGAUCACCAGCCUGAUGGAAGCCUACGAUAGCCUAUCUACGUUUCCCGACGUGAACGCGGCCCUGAACCGAAUCGCAGCCGACCCCACCAUUCACGCGGUAGUAUUUUCCAACGGUUCGAAGGCGAUGGUUUCCAACUCGGUAAUCGGCUCCAGAGACCUUGCCCCGCACGCCAGUGUCUUCCAGGACCUGGUCACCGUCGACGAGAUCCGGCGGUACAAGCCAUCGCGCGCAAGCUAUCAACACCUCGCGGAGAAGGUGGGCAAGCAGCCGUCGCAGAUGAGCGAGCUAUGGCUCAUCAGCGGUAACCCGUUCGACAUCGUUGGCGCGCGCAGCAUGGGCAUGAAUGCAAUCUGGAUCGAUCGCGCCGGCAGGGGAUGGCAGGAUGCUGCGGCACCGGAGCUACAACCUUCAGCAAUUGUACGCAGUCUGGAACACAUCGUGAACGAGAUCAAGGGCCGUCAUAAGUAG